AAGAAAUGGAUUCGGAGGGUGAAUCGGGGUUGUAUUGCUAGCUGAGACUUCGUGGGGUAUCCAUCUCAUUCUUUCCCAGUGUUAGAAGAUGUUAGAGAAUAGGAGAAUCCUGGCAGAAUGGGCAAAGACUAUGCAAAAGCAAUGUCUUUGCUUCUUGGAUGUUCUUUCUGUUUGGUACUAAAUUAUUCUUUUACUUGAUUAACUUCUUGGGUUUGAAUGGUAUUGCUCAUGCCUCCUACUUUGAUGUUAGAAGUUUAAUGGGAAAAGUAGGUGCUGAGUCUAACUAGCAGUGCCUGGUUGGAAACUUUCUGGACAAGAUUUCUGCAUGUUCGUAGCCAGUCCAGUUUUUGACCUGUGUCCCAAAGGGCUUUUCCCAGUACCUUUGUUAAGCAUACGGCCGUAACAGCAUAUGAAUGUUCGUCUUUGAGUCAACUCCUGCAGCUGCUGUGGAUUUCAGAUGGGUAACAAACAUAUGCUUUUGUAUUCAAUCCGGUUGAACUAAACAAUAAUAAUAAUAAUAAAAAAAAGUUGUAUUUUUUUCAUACUGAUAGACCUGAUUCUUUGGCGAGCUCUGUCACAAAUAAAGCAAAUGCUGUUUGUCUCUGGCAAUGAGAUCCAGUGGUUUAGAGAUGAGAGCCAGAGAAUCAUGUGUCUAGUGAUCAUUGUACUGGUGACAAUUCUCUUUCAAUUUCCUUAUCUGGAUAAUGAGAGUAAACAUAACCUGAAUGCUUGUAGGUGAGAUGGUUAGUUUAAGUAUUCGUGAAAAGACCACAAAUAGUUAAGGGAGAGAUUAAAAUUAAAUGAGGGUUACAGAGCAAUCCUAUGUAAGCUUUAAGUGUCUGUGCGCUGUCUAGACUCAAUAUUGAAUUAAGGAAAAAGACUGAAAAAUCUUGUAAUAUAAACAGCUCUACAAUGGGCCAAGGGAAUUAAAAUGGAAGGGGAACUCUAGAUCUUGACUUUGCAAGCUACUGUUUUUAAUAGUUUUUGAGGCUACAUUUGGUCUGCUUUUUUUUUUUUUUUUUUUAAUGUCAUUAUAAUCUGUUAAUGCUACUUGAAUCUAAAAUACCCUGCUGCAAACCUUUACAAUCCGUAGAAUAUCGAAUUGAGUAGACGGCACUGUUUACCACAUGUCAAACAUUGAUCUGAGCUCUUAGUGUGGAAUCACAAUGAAACCCCGAUGGGUGCAAACUUAAGCCAUGAGAACAAGAGGUACAAUAAGGUAAAACUCUAACUGGCGUGGUUCCAGCUCUUUGUCUAAAACUGAAGUUAUUGGUUCAGGCAGGUUGUUGAAUAGUGAUACCCGGUUCAGGCGUAGUUACAUAGGUGCCGGAAGAUGAGUGAUAUGAUACCUGUUUUUUUGAAGUUUAAAUUUUGUAUUUGUAUAUUUAGAAGUAUUUCUAGUAGAAAUGGUAGUUUUUCCAAAAAUCCUGUGGGGUAGAGAAGUGUGUUGGAGUGACAGAUUCUUUGCAAAUAGGAUCUUUCUAGGAGUGUGCUGUAUUUUCAUAGCUGUAAUGCUCUUACAAAAACUUGUUUUAGCUGAGUCACUAUUGUCAUCGGCCAUGGAAUGUAUUUGGAUGGGAAUGUUCAGCUGGAGUCUGUGGAAAAAGUAAUAGCUCUGUGCCCGCUGACAUUUGGAGAAGGCAGUCUAAAUUAUAUUAGAGAUCAGAGAUUGGUGACUCACUGUACGUCCACAAACCCUGCACAAACUUGCAGUGCAGAUGUGUGUUUUCCAGUUCUUCAUUCAAGUUAAAAACAUUGAAAGAGCUGGUGUAGUGUGUUCCUUAUGAGAUGUGUUCCUAGCUUCUUGUCAUCAACUAUUUGAGAUAGAGUCUGCAGCAAUCCAGGGGUUGCGCUGAGCUCAAGUACUGAAGUCUCUUACACAUGAAAUCUACUGGCUCUCUAGCUGAGUCUGCCCUGUCACCAGCCGAUCAGAAGUGGAUUUACAAUCAUGGAGGAACAUCAGCAACAUGUACACUGCGUAAACUGUGUCAGCCGUCGUUGUAUGACCAGACCAGAGCCUGGCAUUUCCUGUGAUUUGAUAGGCUGCCCUCUGGUUUGUGGAGCAGUUUUUCAUUCAUGUAAAGCUGAGGAACACCGCAUUUUAUGUCCACUUGAAAGAGUGCCUUGUUUGAAUAGUGGCUUUGGAUGUCCCUUCAUAGUAGCCCGUAAUAAAAUUGCUGAUCAUCUAGAAGUUUGUCCUGCAAGCGUGGUAUGUUGCACCAUGGAGUGGAAUAGAUGGCCGGUCAGUUAUGCAGACCGAAAAUCUUACGAAAAUCUGAGUAAAGACGUUGAUGAAGUGGAGCAGCUAGAUAUGGCUUUAGCCCUUCAAGACCAGCGCAUGUUACUAGAAUCACUUAAAGUAGCAACUAUGAUGUCAAAAGCAGCUGAUCAGAUGUCAGAAUCCAGAGAACAAACCUCUGUCAAAACAAACACCCCAGAUACAGUGUGUUCAAAUGGCUUGAUACCUGUAGAUGAAGAGUCCUAUGGUGCACUUUAUCAAGCUACUGUAGAAACAACAAGGAGUUUAGCUGCUGCUCUGGAUAUCCUGAACACUGCAACCAGAGACAUUAGCAUGUUAAAUUCAAAGCUCUGCACUCCACACGAAACGAAAGAAGAUGCUGAGAUUAAAGAACAAACCUCUAAUGGCGUUAUUCAGGAUAAUAAGUCUGAUCACGAAUAUCCAGAUGAAGAAAACAUAGGAGCAGCUGGGGGAGUUGACUUGGAUAGCCUGAUUCAAAAUUCACAAAUGGAGCAAAAUGGUUCUAGUGACAUUUGUUAUGAUGUAGUACAAAAUCAUGACUUAAAUCUAAACCUCAGUAACUCCUCACUCUUGUGUAAUGGCUUUCACGUAGAAAGUGAGUGUUCAAAGGUGUUGGACCAGAAUGAAGAUCUUGAUGUUUCUAAUUCAAAACCAUCCAGGGUAGCAAAUGGUGAGUGUACUGCGUCUCGUGAUGAUGAAGCAUUGCAGUCUUGCAGCUCCUUCCCUGUAACAGCACAACUUAAAGAAGUAAUACCAGCUGAUCACUUAGUUAAUGGUAAUGUUAAUCAUGUACUACUUCCCCGUGCUAAUGAAGAAGAAAUUUUAGAGAGACAGGUGGAGCAGGAAAGACUGAGAAACAUAGAUGCAUUUUCACUUAUGCGGCAUCGAUCAUACAAAUUCCUUGUUAAUCACUAUUGGUCAGCACCAAAAGAAGACAAAGCUGUUGAUACAUCAGAUUUGGAGAUAACAGAAGAUCCCAUGGGUCUUCAGGGGAUUGAUCUAAUCACUGCAGCUCUGUUGUUUUGCUUAGGAGACUCUCCUGGAGGUAGGGGGAUAUCGGAAAGUCGCACUGUUGAUGUGUAUCACGUUGACUUUGGGACCCAAACAUUUUCUCUCCCAUCAGCUAUACUGGCCACAAAUACAAUGGUGGGGGAAAUAGCUUCAGCUUCUGCGUGUGAUCAUGCCAACCCACAGCUCUCAAAUCCAAGUCCAUUCCAGACCCUUGGACUGGAUUUGGUAUUGGAAUAUGUGGCUAGAUACCAAACAAAACAGCGUUCAAUGUUUACAUUUGUUUGUGGACAGUUGUUUAGGAGGAAUGAAUUUUCUUCACAUUUUAAGAAUGUGCAUGGUGACAUUCAUGCUGGCCUUAAUGGCUGGAUGGAGCAAAGGUGUCCGUUGGCCUAUUAUGGGUGUACAUAUUCUCAACGAAGGUUUUGUCCUUCAACACAAGGGGCAAAAAUUAUUCAUGACCGCCACUUACGGUCAUUUGGAGUUCAGCCUUGUAUAUCUACAGUAUUAGUAGAACCAGCAAAAAGCUGCUUAAUUGGACUACACAAUGACCAUUUGAGUAGUCUACCUUUUGAGGUUCUGCAGCACAUUGCUAGUUUUCUAGAUGGCUUUAGUUUAUGUCAGCUUUCAAGAGUGUCGCGUUUAAUGAGGGACGUGUGUGGAAGCUUGCUUCAAGCACGUGGAAUGGUGAUACUGCUUUGGGAGAAGAGAAAGUACCCAGAUGGAAGUUCCUCGUGGCAAAUAAAAGAAAAGGUUUGGCGGUUCAGUACAGCUUUCUGUACUGUGAAUGAGUGGAAGUUUGCUGACAUCAUAAGCAUGGCUGACCACUUGAAGAAAUGUAGCUAUAAUGCUGUAGAGAGAAGAGAGGAGGCUGUUCCACUGCCGUGUAUGUGUGUAACACGAGAACUCACUAAAGAAGGACGUUCACUGCGCUCUGUUUUGAAACCUGUACUUUAAAUAUUGCAACCACUCCAAUUGCACACACACUCAAGCACCUGAUAUAACCUCGGUAAUAUUAUGUGACACUUUAUUAAUGUACUAAAGAUACUUUCUAGCUAAAUCUACUCUGUCACUGUGUAUAUAAGGUUUGAAGUGACAUUUAUUUUUUAUAAUUCUGUUUAGCUGGAAAGUAAUGAAAGUUGCCUUAACGUUUGAAAAAUUUGGAACUUGCUGGACAGGGUAGUUUUAUCUAACUUAUAUAAUUUAAAAAAGGAAUCCUAAGGUGUGUUUUCUUAUUCACUGGUGCCCAUGUUGCUGUAGACUGAUAACAUUUCAAAAAUGGCCUCUAAAUGGUAUGCACAUUUAGAUGGGAAACACUGAACUGUAGUGAGACAAAAUCCUGACCAAAUGCACUUUUUGUAUUUGGUCUAUUUUUCUUAAAAAUUAUAAUCCAAAUAUUUGAAAGACGAUGAAGAAUUCAAAACUGUAUAGUAGAUGUCUCAAACACUCAGCAUUUAAGCGCGUCUUCUCUCAUGAAAUCAGUGUUCUAGUGCUAUUCCUAGUUAACAGGUGAUCUAGGAUAAACUUUUUUUUUUUUUUAAUUUUUUAGGAAUGAUCUAAAUGAGCUCAGAUUUACAGCAGCUUAAUUUUUAGUACAUCUUUCUUUUGACAUGUCAAAAAUGAUUAUUUUUCUUCUGGACUAUUAACAGUUACUUCACUUUUGGGAGCAAAACUUUUAGAGCUAAAAACAUGGAAUACUAGUUUUUAUUCUCACACCUACAAUGACAUCUUAUUUAAAAUGUUUCUCCUUGUCCUGCAGUUGGCUGAGGGUUAAAUUGCUUGAGCAGUCAGAAAUUCAAAUUACGUUAGUUACGAAUUUAUAAUGCAGCUAAUGAAAGGGCUUUACUUGUUUUAUGGUAUUGUGAGAUGUACUGUCUCCUUUUCUGUUAAUUUGUCUAUAAAAAUGCUGCUUUUUUGAGGAGCAUUUUAAAUUACUGGUAUGUAUAUCGAAUGUAUCAUCUUCAUAAGAUGAGACAUCAUUUGUUAAUUGCAUAAGGCAUAUCAGAAAUGUAUGUUCAACCACCUCCGUUAAAUGAACAACUUCAGUUUGCUUCCAGUCUUCCAUAAUAAAAGAUCUUACAAAGCAUUUGUGAAUAGUGAAUACAUGCUAUUAAAAAUGCCCUGGUAUAGCAAAACUGUAAUAACUUGAACUGACUUUCCAACUUGUUUGUAUUAAUGUUGGUGUCUCUAGCUUGUUGCACUUAGCAACUGUGCCACAAAGCUAAAACAGAAACAGACCAGAGCUUGGAACAAAGAAAUACAGUACGUAUUUCCAUUAUAGGAAAAAAUAAGAGAUUAGUAAGGAGGAGAUGUUUACAAAAAUGGCUAAAUUUAUUACUUGUAAAUUCUGUACUGGACAGUUGUUUAUGGCUAGUCUGGCUGCAGUUCACAACUUUGGUAUCUGUGCAUUUCCCAUUCUGGGUCUGGUCCAGCUAAAUGUUCACUGCCUUUUUCUAUCCAGAGUGCUAAGGGUGCCCAGAAAAAAAAAAUAAAAAAUCUGUCCUUUAGUGCCAUGAGUUGAAAUUACAAGAGCUUAAACGGAAGCUCUGCCGGGAUCUUGAAACUAGAUGUUCUCUUUCCACACUUACUCUUUUUUUGGUUGGAGGGAGGAAACGAAUAAACCAUCUAGAGGAGUUAAUACUUGUGGUAAUUCUUAGCUGUUACCACAGUUAUGUGGAAAGAAGAAUCUGGAUUUGUGUACAAAUCUGACAAAUGGGGUUAAACCCAAGUAGGUUUUAGGUAGGAAUUAUAUUUAAGAAAAUUA